AUGGUAGAUAGUGCCUCGCAGCCGAAUUUAAUCACCGUGCGCAUGGCACAUAUGCUGAGAUUGAAGAGAAACAACGUAAAUGUUACCAUCCAGGGGGCAGGUCAAAUGUCUAAACUUGUCCGUGAAUCGGUUUUCACACAAAUAAAGUCAAGGAAAGAAAACUUCUGCUGUGGAGUAAACUUCUUAGUUAUGGAUAAGGUCACUGCGAACCUCCCAUCACAAAAUAUAUCUACUACAGGAUGGAAAAUUUCCAGCGAGCUAUUUUUAGCUGACCCCUCGUUCAAUGAAUCUCAACACUUCCACACAUUUUUCCCUAACGCAACCCGCGUUCAGUUGGGAGGUCAACUUCCAAUGCUAAUAGAUAGCGUAUUCGGAUGGAUUGUUGCCGGUUCCGCCAACUCAACUAUGUGUACAGAUUCAACCCCACAUUCCUAUAGGGUUGUUGCUGUAUCUAUGUUAUCAUUAGAAGAGAGCCUAGAACGUUUUUGGAAAACGGAAGAACUGGCUGUUAGAGACAAAUAUUCAGUCCAAGAACGACAAUGUGAGUCAUUUUACAAAUUGACCACCACGGGAAACAAUGAAGGGAGAUACAUCGUUCGUUUGCCGCGUGUACCAGACUUCGAAGUUAUGCUGGGGGAAUCCAAAUCUUCCGCUUUAAGGAGAUUCGAGCAGCUAGAAAGAAAGCUUGAGCGAGAACCAAAAUUGAAAGAGGGCUACCAUGAGUUCAUGCGAGAAUAUAUCGACCUUGGUCACAUGCGACAAAUUGAGAAUUCCAAAAACGAUGAUUUUCCGGUGUACUAUCUCCCCCAUCACCCCGUUAUUAAAGAUUCGAGUAGUACAACCAAGCUUCGGGUUGUGUUUGAUGCAUCGGCAAAGACGUCAACUGGGUUUUCCCUAAACGAUGCCCUCCGCGUGGGUCCUGUGGUACAGGACGAAUUGCUCACACUCAUCCUUCGCUUUCGUACAUAUCAAGUCGCUUUGGUUAGCGAUAUUGCGAAGAUGUAUCGCCAAAUACUAGUUCAUCGAGACGAUAUAUCAUUGCAACGCAUUUUAUGGCGAUUUUCACCUCAUUCUCCGAUACAGAUUUUCGAGCUUUUAACCGUCACUUAUGGUCUCGCACCGUCAUCAUUCCUGGCAACGCGAACGCUUCAGCAGCUAGCAUUGGAUGGCGUGAAUAAUUUUCCUAUCGCCGUUACUGCUUGGCAGAACAAUUUUUAUAUGGACGACUUCAUAGGAGGAACUCAGUCCAUUGAAGACGCAAUUCAUUUACGAAAACAACUAACCAAAUUACUCGCUAAGGGGGGUAUCGAGCUACGAAAGUGGACCUCCAACAAAUUAGCCGUUCUAUCCGGUUUAAGAGGUGACCAAAUUGGCACACAAUCUGUUCUCACAUUUAGUCCCAACGAAACUAUAAAAACUCUCGGUAUCUGUUGGGAACCAGAACCAGAUUCUCUACGUUUCGAUUCGGAAAUAAUUAGCAACGAUGAACAGGCAACGAAACGUACGAUUUUGUGA